AUGAAGACACGAGAUCGUAAAGAAAAACAAAUAAUAGAUUCUACUAAAGAAGCAAAAGAUGUGAAUAAAAAGGGCAAGAAAGGGUUGAAGCAAGAAAACCAGAAAAGUGGGAAGCGGUCACCGGUUUUAUCACAUCGAGACCGAGCAAAACGAUCCGGUGUUGAGGCUGUGAAAUUGUACCUGAAAUCCACAGGCGGCACUGGUAGGACAUCAAGAUCUGCUACCGCGGUAAGCUCAUUACUUUUA